AUGGGGCAGGGGUCGAGAAAGAAGAAGCGCCCGGGUGGGCGAAAUGUAUCUCCGCCUCUGGCCCCAUCACCCCUGCUCACUCGGAACCUGCAACUUUUGCCCGUGGGCCUCACGCAGCUUUCCAACGACGAGACAUUUGUCUCACAGCUACGACACGACAUUGACGAUCUACUGUCCACAUUUGCCCAAGUCUUGCUUCUCCAGAUCCUGACUCUCAAUGAAAGAGCCUCGCAGAAUCGAGAAGCUGGUCCAUCAUCGCAAAGACUUGACACUCCACGAGCCACAGCACAGCAGGCAGUCUCGCCGUUUUCGGUCUUUGCACAAGUCUGGCGGCAAAAAGGCUGGCACUAUGUUCAGUUCGCAUUCGCAGAUCAUACCGACAGCAAGCGUGCUCUUGGUGACGCAAUCUGUCGUGUGCUGCUCGAGCACCUACUUCCUUACAUUACGGAACGCGACCGCUAUUCCGCACAAGUCACCGAAGCCGAAUCUGAGACGUUCGCAUUUGCAGACCUGGGUCAGCUCUUCAAGAUAAUGGCGGUAGUGUUUGCGCUAUACCUCUUUUGGUCGACGCAGAUCUACCCCACUUCUGGCAUUGGCGUGAAGCAUUGCCGACCCGCGAUGGAGCGCAUCCCCAUCGAACAAGACUACUACGACGUGCUCCUCGAUCUGCCAGAAGCGGUAUUGAAGCACUUGCAAAUCGAGCAAAGGACAGCAAAUAUCGCCGGGACCAUGACGGCAGAUCUGGCUGAGGUGCUUCAUCGUCUGGUUGGUCAGCCGCCUGAUGAGCAUGGCCUCUCCCAAGCUUCCCGACCUGCUCCACCGGCUACUCCAACCAAGCCCAAGCCAUCUGGCAAGCGCAAAGGUAGGCAGGCCUGGCAAGACGAUGCCGACGGUGGAAACUCCACCUCAAAGCACGGACUAGACCCGGUGUUUGACAUUAUACCCGUAUCUUCCGUCGCGACUCGAUUGCCUCGCAACUGGCCUUCUGUUCGUGUCAUGACAUCCUUGGAAGCGAACAAAGAAUUCGGUCGCAUCGGUACCGUUGUCCGCAUCAGUCCCCCCGAGACGUCCACCACGAACGCUGUCCCGACCACCGAAGCAGGUGGAUCUAAGGAGGUAGUUGCUGGGCUCUCGCGCGGAGACGUGGUCCGUCUGAAAGCCCGACAGCGUCUAGCCAUGGCGAACAUGACGAUUUCCAAACUACUCGACGCGGACGCCGCCCCGAGGCAAAUCGGUACAACAGAAAUUCUGGCCCAGACGGCACUCGCCAAUGCUCAAGAAGUCACGUCCCGAUCGGCCGCCAGGUACGAGAUCGAAACGCCUAGAUGGAUCACGAGCGCCAAUUACACGGCUAAGCUGCAACCUUGGCUGCAAUCAUCGUUGAUGCCCGUGCAGCAGCCCGAUCAGCGUGCAUCGUACAGCAAGAAGCUAUACCGUGAAUCGCGCGAUAAGAUCAUGCGAGCGGAUGAAGAGACAGAGGCUGCGAGAGAUACGGAUUAUGGCGAAUGGAUCUUGCGCAGCUUUCGAGAGAAGCGCAGAGCACUCGAGGCGCAGGGUACGGAGGCGCCGUCGGCCGAACAAGCUUCAGCGCUAGAUUUGCCGGACGUCAAUGACGAAGGGAGCUUGAGCGUGGACUCGCUCUACCGGUUGGCUGCGGAACGGACAAAGACAGCGGCAGUGGAACGCGGAGAGAUGCUCAAAAGCGCUAGAGCGGCUGGAUCUAGUUCCAAGUAA